AUGGCAUCAAAACGAUGUGCUGGAUCAAUUUUGGAAUAUUUUACUAAAAAAGUAAAAAGUACAACAACAUCUGUAUCUACAGAAGGAAUUGCUUUAACUGAUUUAACUGAUCUUUCAACAAGUUCUGGAGAUGAAGCUCUUGAAGCACCUUUUGUGACUCAAACUACUCCUCUUGUUAAUCCAUUACAUUUGUCUAAUACGAAUAAUUUAUUGAAAAAUAAUGAUGAAUCUGAAAACCGACCUGAAAUUUUUGAUAAUCCUGAUAAAUCACCAAAUGAAAAUAACCAAACAUCAUUAACACAAACAACAAAUUUAUCUACAUCUAACCUAUCUACUCAAAGCGUAAUUCUUAUGUCUAAAUGUGAUUUAUACUGCUGCAAUUCGUCUACGCCAUAUCAUCCUGUUAGAGAUGAUGAAUUAGUCUUAACAACAAUUGAUAAACGAUCAUGUCAAAAACAAUGGUUUCUGGAUCAUACUUGGCUAACAUUCUGCAAAGUUAAAAGAAAAGCCUUUUGUUAUCCAUGUCGAGUUGCAUUUGAACGUGAAAUUCAUCCAAAUAAAAAAUUACAUCCUUCUUAUAGAAGUUUUGUAACAGAAGGUUUUUGUGACUGGAAGAAUGCCACGUCAAGAUUCAAACUUCAUGAGUCAACAAAAAUGCAUGCUACUUCAAUUUAUGUUGUUGGUCAACAAACAAAACCAACUGUAACAGCUCAAUUAAUGUCAGCAACCAAAAGACAACAAGAACAACGUCGAAAAGCUCUUUUAAUACAAAUUUCAUGUAUUAUAUAUUUACUUCGACAAGGUCUUGCACUUAGAGGGCAUUCUGAUAUUGAAAGCAAUUUGGUUCAACUGUUAAAACUUCAAAGUAUUGAUAAUGAUUUUUUAAAAGAAUGGAUCAACGACAAGAAAUAUUUAUCACAUGAUAUAAUCAAUGAACUUUGUAAAGAAAUUUAUUUACUCAUUAUUCGAGAUAUUGUAAAAGAAAUUUCCAACAGAAAAUGGUUUUCCUUAAUAUGCGAUGAAACAUGUGAUGAAUCAACACUUGAACAAUUAUGUAUUGGUAUUCGAUCUGUAGAUGAUAAUUAUGAAAUAUUUGAAGAUAUUCUUGGACUUUAUGAAUUAUCUCGACAAGAUGCUCCAACAAUUGUUAAAGCAAUUUCUGAUGUAUUAACUCGGUGUGGUUUAAAUGUACUCGAUUGUCGUGGUCAAAGCUACGACGGUGCGUCCAAUAUGUCCGGAGUUUAUGGUGGUGUAUCAGCUUUAAUUUUGAAUCAGCAGCCAAAAGCUAUGUAUGUGCAUUGUACAGCUCAUUGUUUAGAUUUAGCUGUACAUGAUUUAACUGAUCAAUGUGCUACAAUUAGUACUUGUAUGUCAUUUGUGAAAGAAAUAAUUGAUUUUGUUCGUCGAUCACCAAAACGUCUUGCUAUUUUAAAAGAAAUAUCCAAUCAAUUAUCAAUGUCUUAUACAAAUCUCACACCCUUAUGUCCAAUGCGAUGGACUAUGCGUGCUGAAUCAUAUAAUUCGUUAUUAAAAAAUUACGAACCAGUUCAAGAAGCUUUAUAUUCAAUUGCUGAAGAAAAAGGUGGUCCUGGUAUAAAAGCUAAUGGUCUUUAUGAAACAAUGAAUAAUUUUAAUUUCUUUUUGUGUACUCAAAAAGUGAGUACACUCUAG